GGCCGUCGCCGCGCGCCACGCAGCCCUGCAGGAGCCUGGCGCACGCCUGCGCGUCGACCCCGGGCACGGGUGGUGGUCGCGUGCAUGGCCCAGGCGAGGUUCAGAGCGUCCAUGGCGACGACGAGCUUGAGCACGGAGGUCAGCACGAACUGGUUCACCUCGUGGCCCUCCAGCCACAGCCUCCGGAACAGCGCCGCAUGCACGGAGUUAUGGAUUCACAGGGUAUAUGCAGAGGAGGGGAAACAGAGUUGGCCAUAUGCAGAAAUGAAAAAAGGGUAAACAAUCUACUCACGGUAUUAUCUUCCCAGCAUGAAGAUCCAGUGCAUACUAAGCAGCAUCAGCACAAGAUAAAAGGAAAUGGCAGUCCAAAAGCAAAAGAAAAGGAAGAGUUUGUACAUUACAAGGGACUGGUGUUUGCUUUGACAAGAGAAAGUAUGCUCACGUACGCAUUUAUAUUGUUGGUACUGGAAAUAUGCCGUAAAGCAUAUAAGCGUACACACAAGAUACUUAGGUUACUAAUCGACUUGGGAAGCUAAUUGCAAACAAGCAAGGCCUCAUUUCUACUAUAGGAAUCAUCAAAGGUGGAUGAUUUAUCUAUGCUCUCUUAAAAUUCCUUUCAGAUUUGUUUCCAUAAGACAAAACAGUGGCAUUUCAGUUUGCAAACCAAAAUCCAUGGCUCACUGGCCUAUAUUCAUUGGCUACCCCAAAAA